CUACUAGGUUGACAUAUGUAAUAUGGGCUUUACAAGAAUAAUGCUAUGUACAAACUUUACUUAUUCAUAUUCAUGUAAUUUGUUUUUAAAUACAUUUGUGAUUGCUGCAGACAGGUCAGACAUAAGUGGGAAGCUGCACAUGAUGGUAACAAAGAUGAUUAGUAGCAACCCAGAAUUUUGGACCAUUGUAGAUGUUGGGAGCUGGCUUGAAGGACAAGGCUUUGCACAGUAUAAAGCAGCAUUUACUCACCACAAGAUCAAUGGAGAAGUGCUGUUGAUGCUUACUGAGAAGGAUCUCAAGGAAGAUCUCAUGAUAAAAAUCCUCGGAGAUUUGAAGAGGUUGCAUGCAGCUAUAAGAAGACUGCAGCAUGCACACAGUCCCUUGGAGCCACUAAAUUCUUCCAAGACUGCCCCUAUGACUGCAAGUUCACCAUUGUCAAACCUCAACAAUCACAAUCUUCACCCACCAUCACCACAUGCACCCAACACUACUCACACCAGGUCCAGAACCUACUCGUCAGAUUCUCAGGCCUCAGAUCUUCCAGAUCAACAAAAAUAUGGUGGCUUGCGUCGACCUAGUGGUGUGGCAACCCAGCUCCGGCCAGAAUACAUGAAAACUAUCAUCUCGUGCCUAUACAUGUUUCUUGUCACAUGGAUCACAGCCAUUAUAAUGGUUUUUGUCCAUGACCGUGUUCCUGAUAGGGAGAGACACCCUCCUCUUCCAGACAUCUUCUUAGACAAUGUGCCACACAUUCCAUGGGCUUUCCAGCUCUGUGAGAUAACCAUACUUCUACUCACUUCCACCUGGCUAGUCAUCCUCUUCUUUCACAAACAUAGAUCCAUAGCAAUCAGAAGAUUUUGUGCACUCUCUGGGUCAGUGUUUUUGCUUCGAUGUGCCACCAUGUUCAUCACCAGCCUCUCAGUGCCUGGCUCUCACCUCCAGUGUGAACCCAGGGAUCCCAGUGACCUACUGACACAGCUGGAGCAGGCCUGGAUAAUCUGGCAGGGAGGAGGACUGAGUAUCAAGGGGGUUCGCACAUGCGGUGAUUACAUGUUCAGCGGUCACACCACUGCUCUUACUUUGCUCAACUUCUUCAUUACAGAAUAUACUCCAAGACGAAUGUAUUACCUGCACAUUGCUUCGUGGGUCCUUAAUACUUUUGGUAUUUUCUUUAUCCUGGCUGCACAUGAGCAUUAUUCGAUAGAUGUUUUUAUUGCCUUUUACAUCACAUCACGUAUGUUUCUUUAUUAUCACUCAUUAGCAAACAAUCGUGCCCUGCAUCAGAGGGAUUCAUUUAGGACUAAAAUCUGGUUUCCAAUGUUCAGUUAUUUUGAGGCACACAUUGAUGGUAUUGUGCCAAAUGAGUACUCAAAUCCACUCUGCAAAACCAAUCUUAUGUUCUUUUGGAAUAAUGCAAUUGCAUCUCCUUACAGAAGCAUAUUUGGUGGUGUUAAAAGGAAGGAGAAACGGAAAUGACAAGUGUUGUCCUUUGACAGUGAGGUGCCGGUGACGUGGUAUAAAAUGAGUUCUUCCUGGGUUGUGACUAAGCUCAAAUAAUUUAUAACUAGUGUAUCUUUGAGUUUAGGACCAGUUUCUAAUGUUUGCACCACUUGUAUGUCUUGUCCCUUGUUUUGUUUUAUUGUUAACAUAUAUUUAAAGAUUAAAUAACUAUAAUAAUUUAGAUGUGAGGCAAACUAUAUAAUUAGGCCAACGAUUAGUUUUACAUAAGUUGGCAAAUGUAUAUCAUAGUUUGUCAGCUUCCUCUGCUUUACUCUGUUCUCAGGGGCAUUAUUACUUCCUCACAAGUUAGUUUUCUUAAGACUGUAGGCAGAGCUCUCAUUUUAUGUUCAUGGUUGAAGAUGCAAAUGUUGGUUUGCAAACUUUUUUUUUCAAGAAUAAGUCAGAAUACUGUUGCUGCAGCACUUCACUAUUAACCCACAAGUUGAGAAAGAAACCUUGGACAACAUUUUGGUGUGUCUUGGAUCAUUAUCAAGUUACAACUUGACUUAACCCUUUGAGUGUCAAGACCUCUGCUCACAAACUUGCUCGUAGUGUUGAAGAAUAUUUUUUCACAUGAAAUGAUAGAGAAUUGUUUUCCAAAGGUAAUAAAAGUUCAAAAUUUGAUGAAAAAUUUGUGGAAUUACACUCUCUCAAAGUUAGUCUUGGCGAUAUUUAUGCAUUGGCGGUUUUGCCUACGUUGAGCCCUACUGUGGGCCAAUUCCAUUGUUCCAAUUGGCCAAACUCAUAGCUAUUUCACUAGAACUCCUUUUAUUCUAUCGAUUGAGUAUAAGAAACCACCCAUUUACCUAUUUCAACAAGACAAAAAAGUGAUCAGGAAUUACUAAUUUGGCCAAUUUCACACAAAAUUCAAGAAAGGCCAAUUUCAAAAUAGGGGCCAGAAUAAACAAUGCAGACAUUCCUGACACUAAAAUAACACUUUCUCUGUUCAUUAGCCACAUCUUGAGGCCUUAUAUUAUGCUUGCUUUUCAUUUUGAAUUUUACUGUUAUUCAGACUACUGCAUAAUUGUAUAAAUAAUAUCAGCACAUUCGUGAAUGCAUAUUAAACCCACCAGUUGACACACAUUAGACGUGUGGCAUAAUUUGUUUGCUCUUGAACAUUAUCAAAA